AUGAUCCCAUCGGAACAGGAGACGGCUGUCUCGAACCGGACAAGCUGGCGGCCAUCCCGCGACAAUCCCAUCGCGACCGGCAUCGGAACGGAUAUCUUGGGUGGACUUCGCACGAAAGGGAAAUACAUACCGCUGGACCAAAGCGCAUCGGAGAGCGUCUGGGGGAUAGUACAUCUGUACCGUGAUGUGCAUGAGACACCAUACUUGAUCGAGGAUGACUAUCCUGCCGAAUUGAAAGGGUCCGCUGCCGCGGCGAGACAGCCAUUUGAUGAGAGGGGCAGUAGUCGAGCCUCGCGCCAGGAGACCAUGCCGAACGAGGACUGCACCACACUAUGCAUCCUUGCCGUUCCGUCGUACAUGUCCCCGUCUGACCUCUUGGGAUUCGUGGGCGAGACAACGAUGAACGACGUCAGUCAUUUCCGGAUGAUCAGGACAGCUCGAGCAAAUCGGUACAUGGUUCUGAUGAAGUUCCGCAGUGGGAAGAAGGCUAAAGAAUGGCAGAAGGAUUGGAAUGGGAAGGUGUUCAAUAGCAUGGAGCCCGAAACAUGCCAUGUCGUUUUCGUGAAGACGGUCGAGAUCCAAGCUGUCGGGCCGGCGACACUCUCUGAAGGCAGCAGUCAGCAGAGUGCGCUUGGAUCUCCUCACAAUACUACGGCCACUCCGGUUCGCACAGCGUCCGCUUCCACCUCCGCCGCUCCUUCGGCCACGCUCUCGUCCCGACCCCUCGCCCCUCCCACUCCCGCACUCAUCGAGCUACCAACAUGUCCCGUCUGCCUGGAACGGAUGGAUGAGACAACCGGUCUACUGACGAUCAUUUGUCAACACGUCUUCCACUGCACCUGCCUACAGAAAUGGAAAGGCAGCGGCUGCCCUGUGUGCCGCUACACCCAACAUGACCUUCGUCGAAGCAGCCAGGGGGCGAUGGCUGCCGAGGACGAAUCAGCCGAAUGUACGGUUUGUCAUUCCGACAUGAACCUCUGGGUCUGUCUCAUCUGCGGUAGCGUCGGCUGCGGGCGGUACGAUGGCGCCCACGCCUUCGCGCACUACAAGGAGACAUCGCACGCCUUUGCGAUGGACCUCGCCACGCAGCGCGUCUGGGACUACGUCGGCGACGCCUACGUCCAUCGCAUCAUCCAGAGCAAGACGGACGGUAAACUCGUGGAGCUCCCCGCCGCGGACAACAGCGCCCUCGACCCCCCGGACUGGACGGACGCCGUGCCGCGCGAGAAACUGGAGAACAUGAGCGUGGAGUACACGCAUCUCCUCACCAGCCAACUGGAGAGCCAGCGCGCCUACUUCGAAGAAGUGGUCGAGCGCGCCGUAGACAAGGCCUCGCAGGCUAGCGCGGCGGCGUGCACCGCGCAGGAAGCCGCAUCGCAAGCGGUCACGAGUCUGCACAAGUUGCAGACUCAGUACGUGAAGCUCACGGCGGAGACGAUCCCGGGCCUGGAGCGGGAUAAGUCCCGCGCGGAGAAGCGCGCGGAGCGGUUCGAGGCCAUGGCGCGCAAGUUGGAGAAGGAAUGGCGGGAAGAGAAGACGAUGAAUGAGAGCCUGAUGGAGCGCAUCCAGCAUCUGAGCGCCGAGGUGGAGGGCCUCAAGGUUGCCAAUGCAGACCUGACUGAGCAGAAUCGCGACCUCACGUUUUUCAUUAGCGGCUCCGAACGGUUGAAGGACCAGGGCGAGGAUGUGCAAGAGGGGACGGUCAGUGUACCUGAUCCGCCUAGUGGUGGUAGGAAGAAGAAAGGGAAGGGGAGGAGGAAGUAG